AUCUCUUCUGCCGGAACCACAUGACCGGAAAUUCCGUCGCCCGUUGUGUUUGCGCAGAAGGACGUGAAAUGAGCCCAGCGACUAUUUAACAUUUGUGGCGUGUUUUACUGGUUUUGAAUUAUUUUCUUCGACAUUUGAAUUGCGUUGCUCUACAUCAUUAGCAUGACGUCAGUGGUGAUGAAGAACUGUUUAAGAUGGCGUAGUCUGAGGCCUGAACUUUUCUCAGAAGUGAAAUGUCAUUUCUGCACAUCUGAACAGUCGAGCAAACAACAGGGAACUAAGAACAUAAAGAGAUCCAAUGUCAGACCUGAACCCAGUUCCACCUAUGACUGGAUCGGUCCGCCGAACCCUCUGUCGAACCUGCGUCCCAUCGUUUACCGUAUCCCCGAAAAAGAGUCAGAGCUGGAGAGACGUCUGAGGCAACUGCGACAGGAGACAGAAGACUGGAACCAUGAGUUUUGGACCAAACAGAACAUCUCCUUCAGCAGGGAAAAGGAAAAUUUUAUUUUCAAACAGCUGAAGGACAAAGGUUUGACCAAGGUUGUGCAAAAAGGACGUCCAUCUCUCAGCAGUGAAGAAAUGGCAGUUUUUUAUAAAAGCUUUCUUGAUAAAAACAAAGAGCAACACGUAAAUUACAACAUAGAGUGGUACAAACGAAACUUCACCAUCACUUUACUCAUGGCUCGAGUCGCCUUCAGCAACAUGUGGAAGAGUGUGCGGCACUCUUCAUCAUAAUCAUCAUAAU